AUGCUCGCUCUCCGUACCAUGAUCCCCCGCGCCGCUGCACUGCGUGCGGCUGUUAAGCCUUCGAUGCGCCGCUACAACUCGUCGCUCACGCCUAACCCCGAAGCUGCGAAGGAAUUCAUCGAGCAGCGCCAGCACGCCUUUGAGCACGCCGGCAAGUCGGCUGAGCUGUGGCGCAAGAUUAGUCUGUAUGUGCUGAUCCCGGGCGCUGUUGUCCUGGGUGCCUACAUGUACAAGAUUGAGUCGGAGCACCACGCGCACCACGAGCACAUUCUCGAGGAGAACGAUGGCCAGCUGCCCGAGCGCCCCGACUACGAAUACGUGAACAUGAAGAGCAGGAACUUCCCAUGGGGUCAACAGUCGCUCUUCUUCAACCCCAAGGUCAACUACCCGGCCCCUGAGAUGUAG